AGCAUCGCGGCAUCGCGGCAUCGCGGCAUCGCACAAGCCUUGACGACUUGGCCAUGGGCGCAUGCUGCUGCACCGACAAGCCAUCCAGCAAGGACGAGCUCCUGGGUUCGCAGGUCAGCAUCAAGUCCGCCUGGAUCAACAAGGGCUGGGAGGGCACGACUCACUUCCAUGAGCACACGGAUCAGGCACGCGAGGACUCGGACCUGCCCACAGGCUUGCUUGAGCGACUCAACGGCCUUUGGAUCCGGAAGGAUGACGGCAAGCCCUUAGGCGAGAUGAUCAAUGGCCAGCUUGUCUGGGAUUCUUCUUUGGCAUUCGACAAGUGCAAAGUCGAUGCCAGCGGGCCAGACUCUGUGAAGAUCAGAAUCAAAGAGCAUGAG